UGAUGCUUCACCUCGUUCCUGGGCGCGGCGCUUCAGGCUCGGUUGGUGAACCGGUGAUUCUGUGGGAAGUCUUAUGUCUGGUUACACUGAUUUCAAGAUUUCCCUGCGGCUAGAAGUCGCCUGGGAGAAAUCUGACACCAAUCAGCAGGUGGGGCGAUAGCCCCUGCGUUAGAUCCUCCAUUUACAGAAAUUCUUCCCGGGCCUUCUGAGUUUGUUGACGACUUUUUGCUCCACCAUUUCUUCUAGCUGCUCUGUUCUUAAUCCUUUCGCAGCCGCCCACGCCUCCCCUCCCGCCGUUAUGUAUGACCGGGCUCCCCGUGUGCUUAGAUUGGCUGAAGGUGGCAGCACUGAGGAUCGUGUGGGUCCUGGAUCUUACCAGGUUCCUUACCUGAAGCAUCAGGCAACAGGUGGCUAUGCACCAUUCCUGUCUUUGACUGCCAGGGAAAGUACUUUUACUGUCAUCUCUAACACUGAGAAAGAUGUUCCAGGUCCAGGACACUAUAAUGUUUCAGAAAAGCAGUGUAAUAUAAAAGGAGGCCAAAGUCUACAAAACCGGGAAAAGCGUUUUAAGAAGUUUAUUUCAGAUGGUCCAGGGCCAGCAAGCUAUGAUCGAUCUUAUCCUGGAACACUGGCUGUCGUGAACAGGAAAACUCUGGAGGCUAAAAAGCAUCUUCAGUCAAAAAUGUCAAGGGCACUUACAGUUUUCAGAAGUGUUUAUGUUCCUUCAAUUCCUUUUGGACGGUCAUAUGGUUAUGAUAUUAAUGAGGAUGACAGUAUCAUAAAACAUUUACCACCUGCCAGUGACAACACACUAGGUCCAGCAUACUAUAAACCUAAAAUUGAUUUUUCCAGUGCAACUUUGAAAUACAAGGGGAUACAUUUUGGCAACUCUUUGGGAAGACUCCUGUUACCUAUAACAUCAGGGCCUGGUCCUGGACAGUAUGAUAUAACCCAGAAAAAGGCACCUCAUUAUGAAAAUGUAAACAUCAAGAAAGAUCAACAGCAAAAUAGCGGCUCAAAUCUCCGACAACUUUAUGAAGUAAAAAUAUUGCAGGAGGAAAAAGAGGGAGUACCAGGGCCAGGAAAAUAUGACAUUAAGAGUCAAUUUCAGAAGAAUAAAAGUACAACAUCAAAUGUAAAUGAUGCAUCACCUGCUUUUCUUUCUCAAUCCCAGAGGUUUGUCCCUGUGAAAUCAAUCACUCCAGCUCCUGGCACAUACAAUGAAUCUCGAACUGCUUUCAAGCCCUUGAAGAAAGCAUUGGGAUUGAAAAAUACCUCAUUUGGUCAAAGUGCUGCUCGAUUCACACAAGACUCUCAGACAGAGAAAAUGCCAGGUCCAGGGUUUUAUAAUAUUCAAAACAAUACAUUCAUCGACAACUUUAGCCAUACCUCCUGGAAGAAACCAAAGAAAAGUGCAUUUGGUUCUUCUGUUCCUCGGACUCUAUUCCUGGUUCAGAAAGAAGUUUUUACUACUCCUGGGCCUGCUGAUUAUAAGGUUCCUGAAAUUUGUGAUGAACUACCCAACUUGACUAACCGAUAUGCUGCUUUCUUGUCAAGAACAGAAAGAACUACUAAAGUAUCAGAUGUGGGUGUUCCAGCACCAGGUGCCUAUGAUGUUCAAAAAUCCUAUGAGAUGUCUCAAAUUCAACAUAAAUACAUGCCACCUCGUACUUUUGUGGCUAGAAUAAAACAUGCCUCCUUUCUUAGCACAACACCUCGGUGCCUGGACAAAGUGGAUGAUGGGCCAGGACCUACAACAUACAGUCCUGUUUUAAAGAAAUCCUGCUUUAUACCCUCAUUUGUUAAAGCAUCAAAGCGUUUUAAAGAUUCCAAAGAGGUUACUCCUGGUCCAGCGACAUACGAGCUCAGUCCAUUUUUAAGACAUUCUGUUCUGAAAAGAACAUUUAAUGUCACUCUACCAAAUCCUUCUCCAAUUAAGAUAGAAGAUGCUGCAGUUAUGCUACAAAAAAACAAACAAAAAUGUCCGGGAAGCCAAGCAGGGCCUUCUGAAUGAUAUAUUCUAAAGGUAUUUUUAAUGUAAAGGUAAGCUGACAUUUCUUCACAAAGAAGUAAUUCCAUUUUGAUGAUGUCCUCCAUCAGCUGCUCAAAGAAACAUAAUUGCUCUUCUAACUUCAAGAGAUAGAAAAAUCUAUUCUUACAGGACAUUUAAUUUUCUAUAUUUUCCUCAAAAAAUUCCUAUUACAAAAGCAGUGUAUGUAUUUGUUGCAUUCUUUCUGAAUAUAUAUUACUACUACUUUCAUAUAAAAUACAAUGCUGGAUACAUAUAUCUAAUGGAAAGUCUUUUUUUUUUUUUUCACUUUAGAAUCUCAUUCUGUGACCAGAGAAUGCCAUUACUUUCCAAAUACUCAGUUCAGUCACUCAGUCAUGUCUGGCUCUUUCCAAAUACUAGGCAUGCUGAAACAAAGUAAAUGAUGUUCUUAUGUGUGUUAUCUACUUAUUUCCUUAUAGUAAAUACUUAUAAAUGUGGAGAAUAAAAAUCAUAAAAGGAAUAUUCAGUAUGCUUUACAUUUUGUGAACGUUAUGUCCAAAUAAGAGAGCAAGGGAAAAGUGACUGAAUUGUGACAACACAAUUUAAUUUCAGUAGCCAACAUAUUUGGUGAAGAUAAAUAUUAUCUUACAAGCCUAUUGGGGUUAAUGCUCUAAUAUCAUCUUGGAAAGCAAAUCAGAGAUAAGGAUUUGGAUCAAUC